UGUAAUGGCUCCGUUCUCCACUAGAUGGCGCUGCUUAGCUUACUGGGGUGGAUUCUUGAGGCGCUUGUAGGUGCGUAUGCGCAUGCGCGGAAGCAUUGCCCGUGGCAUCACCCUGUUACCCACUGUGUUGUAUCAGAUCUGAUCUCCGCGAGCAAUCGCGCACCUGUCCUUUGUCUUCAGCUUCCAUCCACUCCCUGCUUUUACACAGUCCGUGACCAAGCCCCAGGCAACACCUCCCUCCUGAGUUUCGUCUCAGAUGCGGCUGUUUUUCCCCGACCCUUACUUCUGAGGGACUGCGGCUUUGACCCAUUAGGCCGCUCUGCAGGAGGGUCUCACCAAGCAAUGGCCAGGUGCUGGCCGCACCCAGGAACAUUUGCUGGACCGGGCUGCUGCCGAUGCCCAGAGACUGCGGCCGGGUGCCAGCCCGCCCCAGAAAAAGUUUGCAAGAUGGUGUAGCAUCAGAAUUUCAGGGAUUAUGGAAAAUCACAACACACAUCUGGCACCAGUCUUCACCCUUAAUGACCUUGUUCCAGCACCAGCGAAUGUGGUUGUUCUCCUGGGUCCACUGGGGCCUUAUCUUUGGGGGACCACACAGCCUCUACCAGGUGUCCUCCCAGCAGGGCAACCACCUCUCCCGUGCGGCCUGAAGAACCCUGGACUCCACUCUGCUCCUGGGGAUUCGCCUUUCUCACCAGAGCACUGCCAGCGCUCCCAGUCGGGAGGUGCGGCCCAGGGAGGGGCCAGGAGCGGGAACGUGCCCGGUGCUGCCCAGUCUUUGUCUGCUGCCUCCGGAUGCACAGCGAUGGGGGAAUGGACCAUCUUGGAGAGGCUGCUGGAAGCCGCGGUGCAGCAGCACUCCACUAUGAUCGGGAGGAUCCUGUUGACUGUGGUGGUGAUCUUCCGGAUCCUCAUUGUGGCCAUUGUGGGGGAGACGGUGUACGAUGAUGAGCAGACCAUGUUUGUGUGCAACACCCUGCAGCCCGGCUGUAACCAGGCCUGCUAUGACCGCGCCUUCCCCAUCUCCCACAUUCGUUACUGGGUCUUCCAGAUCAUAAUGGUGUGUACCCCGAGUCUCUGCUUCAUCACCUACUCUGUGCACCAGUCUGCCAAACAGCGAGAACGCCGCUACUCUACUGUCUUCCUAACCCUGGACAGGGAGCCCCCUGAGUCCAUGGGGGGUCCUGGAGGAACUGGGGGUGGAGGCAGUGGUGGUGGCAAACGAGAUGAUAAGAAGUUGCAAAAUGCCAUUGUCAAUGGGGUGCUGCAGAACACAGAGAACACCAGCAAGGAGACAGAGCCAGAUUGUUUAGAGGUUAAGGAGCUGACCCCACACCCAUCAGGGCUGCGCACUGCUGCACGAUCCAAGCUCCGAAGGCAGGAAGGCAUCUCCCGCUUCUACAUUAUCCAAGUGGUGUUCAGAAAUGCCCUGGAGAUUGGGUUUCUGGUAGGCCAAUACUUUCUCUAUGGCUUCAGUGUCCCAGGGUUGUAUGAGUGUGACCGCUACCCCUGCAUCAAGGAGGUGGAAUGUUAUGUGUCCCGGCCUACUGAGAAGACUGUCUUUUUAGUGUUCAUGUUUGCCGUGAGUGGCAUCUGUGUUGUGCUCAACCUGGCUGAACUCAACCACCUGGGAUGGCGCAAGAUCAAGUUGGCCGUGCGAGGGGCCCAGGCCAAGAGGAAGUCAGUCUAUGAGAUCCGCAACAAGGACCUGCCCCGGGUCAGUGUUCCCAAUUUUGGCAGGACUCAGUCCAGUGACUCUGCCUAUGUGUGAAGGGGCAGCUUCACACAUAGGGCCUGGGGAAUGAAAUCUGCCCCAAGGCAGAUGACUACUCAGAGAGAGUGGCUGUAUCUGCCCUCAUUUGCCAUUGAGCUAUAGGACAAGACUAGUUAAGAGAAGACCCUGCAUCAAUGGGAGAGGAGAGAAAGUAGAGCCAUUACCACAGGUCACACCAUUGGUUCCUACAGAGACCACUGCGCAGAGUGAUGAGAUGGAUGAGUCGGACUUCUUUGGGCCUUUUCGCUGAUGGCCCAGUCUGAUCCUGCCAACAGUGUGCUUGCACAGCUACCAAGUAGGACUUAGCUCCACUGAGCUCAAUAUCCUGGUGAAUGGCAUUAACAAAUACUUCAUCGGUCCAAAAUUUGUGACCUAUCUCAACACGUCCCUUCAUCCUGGGCUGCAGGACAAACAUCCUUGAGGCAUCUUUCGUGUACCUCCCCCAUCAGCAUGCUCCUCUCCUUCAACCCAGGAUAGCAUGCCAGCUUUUUUCUGAAUCUAGCCUUACAGUAGACCUAAUAUGGUUUAUCUGCAAGCUAGAGGGAAUUACAUGGGGUGCUUUUUGGAGAUUGGCCAUGGCAGAGGUUCGCAUUCAAGCCCCAUCUGACAAGCCCUUAGUCACUAUGAAAACCUUAGGAAUGUCUCAGUAUUUCCAAUUUUCUAACUCAAACUGCACUGGUGCUGUUUAUUAGG